CCACAAUAGUGUCUUCCUCGUUAGCUGCGUGUGGGACUAUAGAGAGUUCGAGAGCGCUUAGCAACAAGAAGACAAUACACAGCUUUCACCAAGUCCAAUCGGGUUUCAACAUGACAACCAUCGGCGAGGACUCGUGCAGAGUCUGCACUCAUCCGCCCACGUCCGUUCAAAAAACGUGUACCGCCGAAUUGGAAGUACGAUGCGAGCCGUGCUAAUACUCGCGUCCUUCUUGGCGGCGAAUGCGCUGCCGUGUCCGUACACCGGCAUGGACGUCACGUCGAUCCUCGCGAGCACGAGCGAUCUCUGCGGCAACGUCGCGCAGCCGUGCCUGCUGUCGCCCAAGUGCCGCGUGCUCUCGAGCGCCACAACGACGACGACAGGCGACGGCACGAUCGUGUUCAGAGUCGACGCGGUCGGGGACAUGACGUCGUAUACGUCGCCGUAUCUGGCAGUGGCCAAAGCAACCGGCCCGUUCGUCGACCUGUCCCUGAUGACGCUGCCCCGUACCUUGACCGACUUUCAAGCGAUCGACUUUAACCGACUCCCACGCAAUUUUACGUGGCCGCCGACACUGACGACGCUCGCCGUGUUUCGGGGCCCACCGACCGAUGUGCCGUCGAAUUUGCCGGAAUCGAUCACGCAAUUACGCUGGGACGCGAUGGGGCUCACGAACAUGCCCUCCAUUGCACCACAAUGGACAUAUUUGACCGUGUCGUCCAACCCGAUCGCGAAGCUCGUUAAUGUCGAUCUAUCCAACAUUACUGAAGUGUCGUUCAUCGGCAACCCGACAACAACGAUCGCGAACCUAACCCUGUCCUCCAAGCUCAAAUACUUCGCCAUCUCGGGCAACGUCACGACCUUGAUCGUGUCGGAAUCGUCCUAUCGGUCGCUCAACCGCCUCGCCGCAAAACCAUCAGCUUCCACGAUAUACUCGGGGUACGAAGUCCACAAUUUCAUCACCGUCCUCGACGCGGCCACCUGCACGCGCGCCGGCGGUGUUCUUCAACCGCUCUGGUCCAAAGGCAGUGCGCCGGCAACGUACACGGCGUGCGUCGUGCCAGAUCCCGAGCCUCGAACAACGCUGCCACCAGCGACGACGUCGCCGACAACCAACGACGCUUCUUCUCAUGUUGGCGUCAUUGUCGGUAUCUCGGUGGCAACGGUCGUCGUUGUCGUUGUCCUUGGUUUCUGCCUCCGGAAGCGUCGUCGCGGCGCAAUGACGUCAGAAGACACGGGUGCGGCGCUCGGAAUGAUGAGGCUGCACAAGACCAACGGCACCGUCGAUCAGACGUUCAGCGGGGCGGCGCCAGCAUCAAAUGUGCGCGUCGACCUCGAUGCGCUACGCAUGGUGCGCCUCGAGCACAGCGAGCUCCGCGUCACCAGUGACGCGCCACUGGCGGCCGGUGCGCACGGCGAGGUCUGGCGCGCCACGUAUCUGCGCCAACCGGUUGCGAUCAAGCGCACGAAGGACCCGUCGGAGAAAGCGAUCGCCAAAAUGGCCGCCGAGAUCCUCCUCAUGUCGAGAAUGAACUGCCCGUACAUUGUGUCACUGAUUGGGGCCAACUGGACGCGACCGAACGACCUCGAGUGCGUCGUCGAGUACAUGGACCGUGGCGAUCUCCGCUCAUUUCUCGCGUCAACGUCCCCGACAGCCUUUACUUGGGCGCAGAAGAGCUUGAGCAUCUCGCAGGUCGUUCGAGGUCUUGUGUACCUGCAUACGUUUGAGACGCCGAUCAUCCACCGCGAUCUCAAGUCCCGCAACGUCCUUCUCGAUUCCAAGAAGGGGACCAAGCUCACGGACUUUGGCGAGUCGCGUGAGAUGGACGAAGAGACCCUUACGAACGGCAUUGGCACGUACCAGUGGAUGGCGCCCGAGAUCUUUACGGGCCACGACUACUCGACGGCGGCCGACGUCUACUCGUUUGGAGUCUUGCUCUCCGAGUACUCGACGCACCGUGUGCCGUACGCCGACAUGAUCAACCCGCGCACCAACAAGCCGAUGAACCAGCAGUUUAUCAUGCACCAAGUGACGUCGGGUGCGAUUUCCCCAACGUUCGAGACGUCGACAACGCCGACGUGGGUCCUGGAGCUGGCCAAGCAGUGCCUUGCGUUCGACCCGGAGGACCGUCCAAGCACCCUCCAAAUCGUCAACAUCGUGCUCAAAGCCACAUCGGCGUAGUCCUACAAGAUAGUAUGUGCGCUAACGACUUGCACGUACUACAGUCGUCGACGAAAAGAACCAACGAGAUUAUAUUGUCUGUUG